AAAAAACCAAUUAGGGUUUGGUGGGGCAUGAGAAAUUCAGAAGCGAGUCUGUCUCUUUAGGACCCCUCUAAGCAGUAUUGGCUCCGUUCCCGGCGUCUCAAGUUAGCCCAUCUACGAUUCUAUGCUGGGCAUAUCUUUGGAGGAGCUGUGUUUUUGGCGAGAUUAAUUUUGUAGUGAUCAGCCUUGUCACGCACUGUAGAGAAUGCCUCUUCAACUUUUUGAGGGCAGUGAUUCCGAAAAUGAUGACAUUUCAAAAAUCAAGAUCGACGAGGGGUAUGCUCGCAAAUUUGAGCACAACAAGAAGCGGGAGGACCUCCAGCGGUUUGAGGAAUUAAAAAAGAAGGGUGUUAUUGAUUCACCUUCAUCCUCCCAUUCCGGUGGUGAGGAAGACUCCGACUCUGAGUCAUCAGAUGAUGUUGACGAUGAGAAACUUGUUAAUUCUACAAAGAGUGACAAGGAGCUCUUUGAUGCCUUAAUUAAGGUGAAGAAACAAGAUCCUAUUCUUAAGAAAAAGGAUGUUGAGCUUUUUGGUACGGAUGAUAGCAGUGAUGAUGAAAGUGACGAGGAGGGGAAUCUUAAAUCAAAAGACAAAAGGGGUGAAAAGCCAAUGUAUUUGAAGGAUGUGAUGGCAAAGCAUUUGAUUGAGGAGGGGGCAGAUUUUGGCCAUGAAGACGAAAUAGAUGAAAAGGGAAAGCAAAAGGCUAAGAAGGUAAUGCCUUCCAAAGAUGAGCAUUUUGUUAAUAAAGAUGGGAAGAAAACUUAUGGUGAUGAGCAGGAGGAAUUGAAAAGGUCUUUUCUGAGAGCUGUAGAAGAGGAGGGUUUGGAGGAUGGUGAAGAAGAGUUUUUCACUGUAAAGGAGAAAGAGGGCGAAGAGGAUAAAGUAGAUAGUGAUGACAAAGAGCUUGAAGAGAAGCUGGAUGAAUAUUUUGGUGGAGAUGUAGAAUCAAAUGAAAAUUCCAAGUUUCUGAGAAGCUAUUUCAUGAACAAAAUGUGGAUUGACAGGAGUGGGAAGGAUGUGGAUGUUGGAGAGGACGAAUUGCAAGAGAUUUCUGAGGAUGAGAUAGAGCUCGAAAGACAGGAAGAAUAUGAGUAUAGGUUUCAGGAAAAUCCAGGAGAUAGGGUGUUGGGUCAUGCUCGGAAAGUGGAGGGAUCAGUGAGGAAGAAGACAAAUACAAGGAAGGAGCAGAGAAAGAGUAAGGAGGAGAGAAUGGCUAUAGCACAAAACGAGAGGGAGGAGGAGUUGAAGCAUUUAAAGAAUUUGAAGAAGCAGGAGAUACAGGAGAAGGUUAAAAAGAUAAUGGAGACGGCAGGGAUUAAUGAUGAUGAUCUAAUCCCAUUGUCUAUGGCAGAAAUCGAAGAGGAAUUUGACCCAGAGGAGUAUGAUAGAAUGAUGAAGGCGGCAUUUGAUGAUAAAUAUUACAAUGCAGAGGAUGCUGACCCUGACUUUUGUAGUGACAACGAUGACAUUGAGAAGCCAGAUUUUGAAAAGGAGGAUGAAUUACUUGGGCUUUCUAAAGGCUGGGAUGAAAGCGGAUCUAAUGGUGGGUUUUUAGCUGCAAGGGAAAAAGUGUUGAAAGAAAAGAUUGAGAAUACUAGUGAUGACGAUCUCCCAGAAGGAGAUGAAGAAGGAGAUGAGGAAGAAGUGAAGAUUCCCGAGGAAGGUAGUCGGAAGAGGAAGCGCAAAACAGCACUUUUGGAGAAAGCAAGACAGGCAAUGAUGGAUGAGUACUAUAAAUUAGAUUACGAGGACACAAUAGGGGACCUGAAGACAAGAUUCAAGUAUGCUAAAACAAAACCAAAUAGAUUUGGCAUGAGUGCCUCAGAGAUACUAUUAAUGGAUGACAAGGAAUUGGGUCAAUAUGUUUCCUUGAAAAAGCUUGCUCCCUACCGCGAUGAAGAAUGGAAACUAAGCAAACAAAAAAGAUACGCGCUGAAGAUGAGGGCUAAGGAGCUUCUACGUGAAAAAAGUUUGGAUAAGAAGAAAAGAAAGAAGUCAAAGGUUGAUUCUGGGAAGAAAACUUCAUCAAGAAGUGUUGUGGAGGAAGAAAAAGCAAGCCCGGAAGAAUCAAAUGUUAAUACGGAUAAUUUGUCAAGGAAAGCCAAGAGAAGGCGACAAGGGGCUAAUUUGAAGUUAUCACAGAUGAGGCUUAAGGCUUAUGGUAAAAUCCCCUCAAAAUCCAAGCAUGGAGGAAAGCACUGAAAGUGGCGAUAAUUUUUGCAGAAGGAAACCAACUACUAACCGAGGAAUUUAUGAUUUAGAAAAGAAUUGGAGCUUUAAUGUUGCAAAAUACUGUGUUGGCCAAAGUGUUUGUGGAGAGAAGUUUUGCCCGUCCUUAUAUUUUCUCCGAAUGAUUUGACUAAAUGGAAUUUGUCUGUAAACUGUCAACUGGACCAGCAAAUCGUUUUGAUGGUUCUCGUUUCUGUAUUUUUUAACAUAGCAUUUAGAAUUUUUGCUUUAA